AUGCGACCUGUGUCGCUGCUCCCGCUACUUGGGGCAUCCGCCCUCUCCACGCCGAUCAAUGAAACUAGGAACGCCAAUCACAUUUUCAAUGCGAUCCAAGACUCCAUGCGCCAGUGGGGAUCUUCUCUUCACCACAACGGCGUUUCUUACUUCCUCGCGAGAGUUCCCGCCGGAACACAAUUUUAUCAUGGAACUUCCAAGGACACCCCAGUGACUGGCACGGAGUGGUUAGCUUUUGAGCCCGAGCAUGCGAUGGUAUUUGCACGCCCGCGCGGCCCUCCACCACCACCUCAUGAUGAGGUCGAGGGAGGAGAUGGGCAUAGAGAGCUACGCAAGCGCGAUGGAUUCGAGCGCUACGGGCCGCCUCACCAGCCCCCACCGGAAAUGAUGGACAGCAAAGCCGGAUACUUGCAUACAUAUGCUGCGAAGAAGGAUCUUCGUCUUCUCUAUGUAGACGGCAUGUCUGCAGCAAAGACAGACAAGGGUACGUUGGAGUCCCAGGACCUGGUCUUGUUCAACGGUCUACUUGACGACUCCCCUCAUGGUGGAUUCCAGGAGAAUGAGCGAGCGAAGCUUGCAUGUGAACUUGCUGCGAACGAGUGGGAGGGCCGUAUUGAUGGAAUCCUCCGCAUGGAGGCUGGUUUCGAGAUCAUUCUUUGCGAUUUCGAGCGCGAUUUGGAUUCAGUACGCAUCACACAGGUUAAGCAGGAGACGAGGGGUGGACCUCCUGGUGGACCUGGCCCUAUGGAGCAUGGUCAUCAUGGUGAGCCACGGAAAGAAUAUCAUGGCAUGCGCGAUGGUCCUGGACCUCACGAUAGAGACAUGGAGCACCGCCGGGGUCCGCGCAAAGACAAUAAGAUGCGCCACGCCAACGGCCCUGACGGCGAAGAUGAAAUUCCCCGACACAGGCCCGGUGGCCCUGGCGGCCCCGGAGGACCAGGAGGACCUGGGCAUGGUCCCGACUCGUCUCGCUGGAUGCGUGCAGUGACAGCCCGCUACAACGGCAUCGGCGGCAAUCGAGUAUCUCUCAACUUCGACCACUUCGUGUCAGCAUUCUCUUACGACACCGACCUAUUCCAAAGCAAAAGUCUUCCCAGACUGUCAAAUCUUUCCCAAAAAGAGCUCAUUUCCCUCCGCGACGAAGUGACACAAUUGAUCAAAGCCUAUCACCCCGCUGAAGUGUGCGAGGAUUGGCAAGCAAUUUCCGAUAUGAUCGUCACCCGGUACAGCAAGCAGAUUUCGUACUUUGCCUCUGGUAAAAUCACAUCAUUGUCAAAGCUUCAAGACGAGAUCGAAACCCUGAUGGCCCCUUUCAUUGACUUCGCCAACCGAGACUCUCGAGCAGAGAUCGAGCGCUGUGCACUGCAGUUCAUGCCCGAGCAAACACUGAUCGAGGAUAGUCUGGCAGGCGCGGCUAUGUACGGAGUCGCAAAGAGGAUUUGCUCAUCUUUGUUUGAGGCUCAUGACCAGAAGAGCCUCAAGAAGGCGGUCCGGGUUGUUCAGGACCUCAUGCAUUACCUGAAUUGGGCAACAUGGAAGCAAUGCAAGGGUUGUGAGGAUAAUGAGAUUUGCGUCGUGCCUAUCUGGCCCAUGGGCACGGUCGAGGACUAUGAGCACCCAAAGUGCAAAGAUGCCGACAACCCUUUUGGACAGGGAGGAGAAAGCUACUGGGGUGGAUUCCACUAG